UGUUCAUUGCCAUGAGUCAUAUAGAUCUGCUUCGUGACCUUAAUCUAACAGUGGACGAUGAGUUAUCUUGUAGCUUAAGUUUGUUGGACCAAGGGAUAAAAGAAGAUAGAGAAAAGAGAUUUCCGGGAAGUUUGAAGAAGCUUUUUCCCAAACUGAUUACUGUAUUUUGCACCAACCACAUUCUCAAAGACGUUGAACGUUGGAUAAAACAGCAUGAUAGCACACGUGACGACAUUAAAGUUCUGAAAGAUGAUCCUUAGGAUCAACGUCUGCGGAUUGGCUUAAUAUUUUAUCGCAAUGGAAGGAAAAUGUCCUUGAAAAGGAAACCAAGGAUUCUGAUAAAGCACUAAACACAAAUAGUUUACACAUUCCUGACCUUUUAUCAGUACCGGAGGGUGGUAAUAAUGUAACUGCAGUUAUUGGGAAGGAGAAUCAUGAAAAAUCAGAAGCAUAUGCAGAUUCCUCAAAGCAUGCUAUUGUUAAACAUACUCCGUUAAAAGAGCCUCAAAUAAAGCAGAAUAUGUUGAAGCGAAAAUCGGAUGGGUGCGUGACCAGUUUGGCUUGUGAUUCUAAAGAUGUACUAAGGCGUUGGAGUUCGGAAACUUCUAAAAAGAUUAAACUGAUACAUGAAAAAUCUGAAUUUAACCCAUGGGUUAAGAACAAGUGGAACAACACACCUUUAAAAUUUGCGAAUAAAAGAGACAAUUUGCAACAACAAAUACCUUCACAAAAUAAAGCAUUAAAUAAAACUUUUCUUCAAAGAGAUAAUUUUAAAAGUGAUAGCUGCACAGCGGACAAAUUAUCCUCAAGCAUGACUCCACUUAAAUCAGCCAUAACUAAAGUUAAAACACCAAAUGGUGAGCAGUUUAUGGAGUGUACUAAACAGGAAAUGAACCAUGACGGUGACAGUGAUGAAGAGCUGCUUAGAAUUGCCGAACUUUAUGAAAAGCAACAAAAGGAAAGCAGUCCAACAAUUGAAAACUGCAGUUCUAAUCACCUGGUUGUAAAAACUACAGGCUUCAAAUCAGCUAACAAUAAAGAAAUACAGAGUACCUCAAAAUCAUUGGAAAAUGUACAAAAAGUGAUUUCAGUAUCUAAUCAUGAAAACUGUACCAAAUUACCUCAAAAUAUAAAUAUUAAAAACACUGUUGUUCCUCCUCAAAAAUGGGAAUGUGUACAACCAGAAUACAAGUCCGAUUAUAGUGAUACUGAUAGGUAUUCAAAAUGUUUAAAAGCUGUUUCAGUUGUGGGAUGUAAAACUGCAAGUCACAAAGAGAUUAGUGUGAUAGCAAAAUCGUUAAAACCGUUUGAAAAGUUGCUUUUGGACCCAUCUGAGAAUACUGAUGCUAAAAGCACGGAAAAAAAUAAUGCUGCAACAAUAAUGAAAACUCCAAUUGCAGAAAAACUGUCUGCACAUUGUGCAACAGCAUCUCCUGUCAUAGCUGGAUCAACAGCUCAAUUUACAGUCGGUUUUAAAACUGCAAGUAAUAAAGCACUGACUGUGUCUCAUGAAUCAUUCUCCAAAGCUAAUAAAAUGAUGAACAACCAUAAUCAGUCUAUUGUCAAAGACACAAAUGUUGCACACCCUUCAACAACGAUAAUUAAAGAGGUUUCCAAAACCAAUUCUGUAACUAGCAAAAGAUUUGUGCCAGAAACGGCUAGAGCAACUAUUAACGCUGGUUUUGUUAGAACUGUUCCAGCUGUAAGCUUCAUAACGGCAAGCAAUAAGCCAUUGAGUGUUUCUUCUGAAGCAUUAGCCAAAGCACAAAGAUUAAUAGAGGAAGAUGUGUGUGGUGAAAAAGUAAGUGGAACAAGUUUUAUGUCAAUGAAAGCUUCGGAGUAUCACAUUGCAAAACCGAGUACAUGUGCUAAAGAAGCCUGCAACCAAAGUUUUCCAGUAGUAAACAGUACAGUUGUUGGAUUUAAAACUGCAAGCCAAAAAAACUUAAGCGUAUCGCAUGCAGCACUGGAAAAAGCCAAACAUGUGAUCGAUGAAAAUGGUGCUGAAAAAGAAAAUGCUAAAUAUUCUGCAACAACACCUUCAGAUUAUGCUCCUAACCCAUCAUUGUUUAAACACAGCUUUCCAGGUGUAUGUAUUAAAGCAAUGAAGGGAAACAGCUCUUACAAACCACCCAGAAAGAAACUUAUUUACCCCAAAAGAAGUACUUCUCCUGAUGAAUCCUCCGUACCAGCACAUGCUACUAACCCUUCUUCCUUUACACCUUCAAGUAUUCCAAAAAAGAAACAACUUGGUGUUAAAUUUGAACAAGAAAGUCAGAUUUUUAUGUCUGAUGAAAGUUUACUCAAUGCGCUGGAGUUACUGGAAAGUUCUUAACUUUUAUGUUGUUUCAUGUAUUACUUUCGAUUUGUUCUUUUCAAACAUUUUAAUAUACUUUCUUAUUUAUAGUG